AUGGAAAAGAUGUUUUGCAACCAAUGCGAGCAAACAGCCCGAGGCAUCGGCUGUACCAUAUGUGGAGUUUGUAGUAAAGAAGCCGUUGUAGCCAACACCAUGGAUGUCUUAAUUUACAUCCUUCGCCAGAAUGCUUUAGUAGCUUUAAAAGCUCGAGAGGAAGGUAUCAUCGACGAGAAGUAUGACAUUCUUACUUCCAACCUUCUCUUUUCUACUUUAACGAAUGUGAACUUUGAUGAGAAGCGUCUAGUCGAAUACACAAAAGAAGCUUUACAAGCGCGUCAGACUUUACUUUCUCAGAUGAAGCCACAAGCCUCAAAAAAAGAGUUAGAGUCUUCCAUUGAGAUUGAAGACUGCGAGAAGUACAUCAAAGAGAAUUUAGACAAAAAGCGCCCAAAUCAAAUGAAUGCCGACAAAGACAUUCAAAGUUUGAUGCAAGCGGUCUUAUUUGGGUUAAAAGGGGUUUGUGCUUAUAUCUCGCAUGCUUAUUUAUUAGGCGAGAAGAACACUGAUAUCAACACUUUUAUACAUCAAGCCUUAGCUGCUGGAUAUGACAAUAAAGAACGUGAUUUAAAAGCUUGGAUUGACUUAGUGAAAGAGACUGGUAAAUGGAAUUUCGAGACUUUAAAACUCUUAGAUAAGGCCAAUUGCACUUUAGGCAAUCCAACACCAACUUCCGUCUUAUUAGGACAUAAGAAAGGAAAGUGCAUAUUAGUAAGUGGUCAUGAUCUCUUCGACUUAAAAAACAUUUUAGAGCAAACGCAGAACACUGGAAUUAAUGUGUAUACCCACGGUGAAAUGUUACCCGCUCAUGGAUAUCCAGAACUCAAAAAGUAUUCAAAUUUGGUCGGACACUUUGGAUCGGCGUGGCAGAACCAACAGCGCGAGUUACUCAAUUUCCCUGGGCCGGUGGUCUUCACAUCAAAUUGCUUAAUGAAACCAAGGCCUGAAUAUGCCGAACACACAUACACGACAAAUGAAGUUGGGUAUGCGGGGUUGAAUCAUAUUGGAUCAAAUAAGGACUUUAAAGUAGUCAUAGAGAAAGCGCUUGCUAUGGAAGGUUUUCAAGAUGAUAAGAAAGACGGCGAAGUGUUAACUGGAUUUGGUCAUCAUGCCUUACUUGAGACUGAAAUUACAGAGAAGUUAGUCUCUUAUAUUAAGACGGGGAAGAUCAAAGGAAUUUAUGUUGUUGGAGGGUGUGAUGGAGUCCGUAAAGAGCGUAAUUACUAUACAGAAAUAGCUCGGAAAAUACCAAAGGAUUCUAUUAUCUUGACUUGUGGUUGUGGGAAGUAUAAGUUCUUUAAAGAGGAUUUGGGAGAGAUCGAUGGGAUCCCAAGAUACAUCGACUGCGGACAAUGCAACGACUCAUAUACUCCCUUUGUCGUCGCUUUGAAACUCGCUGAAAUCUUUAAAUGUGGUGUUAAUGAACUUCCUCUUCAUAUCUAUUUGUCGUGGUAUGAACAAAAGGCGGUCUGCAUUUUACUCACCGUCAUCUACUUGGGUCUCAAAAACGUGUUCUACGGCCCUACUAAACCAGCUUUCUUGUCGGAAAACAUCUGCAAGUACUUGAAGGACGAAAUUAACUUGACUAUUAACUCCACCCCAGACAAAGAUCUCAAAUUUUAA